AUGGACCUCAACCGAGCCCGCGGUGUUAUCUUGCUUGAUGUAAACCAGGUCCAGAACGCCAUCACCGUUCCAGUCGUACAUCAACCAAGUUCCAUUAUCCUCAACGCUGAAAGUGGUAGGCACACUCUGAAUAAUGGUCUGAUAACCCGACGCGGCCGAAGCAACAUUCACUUCGACAUAGCCAGAGGCCGUGUUGAUGUUCUGGAUGUAAAACAGAUCAUAGGAUCCAUCCAUAUCCCAAUCAGCCAGGAGCCAGGUACCGUCGUUGCCAAUGGAGAAGCUCGACACGGUUUGACUAUUAGAAGCCGUGUUGCUGUUUUGGAUGUAAACAAGGUCAAGCUUGCCGUCUCCAUCAACAUCGAUCAUUUGCCAGCGACCGUUGAUCUGCACAUCGAACACCGUCUGAGUAUUUUCAAGGAGAUAAGAUUGGAAGUUCGAUGCACCAGAAGCGACGCUGAUCUCCACUUUGCCGGAGGGAGUGUUUCGGUUCUGGAUGUAGAUCAAAUCCAGGGUUCCAUCGUUAUCAUAAUCAGCCAGCGACCACACUCCGUCGUUUUGCAGGGUGAAUACGGAGGUUUCAUCGGAGACAAUGUCGUAAUAUCCGUAAUCGGAUGGAGUCAGUUGGACCUCGACGUUGCCAGAGCUUGUUCCGAUGGUUUGGAUAUAGGCGAGAGCAGGUGA